AUGCUCAAGAAGGAGCCACGGCGGCUAGCUCACGCGCGUACGUUUAAAAAGGAUGCCCCGACAGACUCAAUCGGACCGUACACCUUUAAGAGCCUUGCAGAUGAUUUCGUCAGCCUCGCAAAACAACUUGGUUGUGUAAACAUCAUUGUCGGUGGACAUGACUGGGGGUGCAUGAUCGCUUAUCGAAUGGCGACAUGGCAUCCUGACUUCGUGACACAUAUGUUUACAGCCUGCGUCCCAUACCUCCUACCGAAUGCGGAAUGGGUCGAAAUUGAGAGAAUCGCUAAGAUCUACCCGACAUUUGGUUAUCAAUUACAGUUCGGAAGCGGAGUUAUUGAGCAGGAAACUCAGACCAAGGAAGGAAUCCGCAAAUUCCUGAAUUCAACGUAUGACGGACGGACAUCAGACAACCAGUCCGCCAUUGAUGCAACCAUGGGUAUUGAUUUUGAUCUCGUUGCUCAGCUAGAAAAAACGGCACUCUUAAGUGAAGAAGAACUUGAGUACUAUGUGAACGAAUUUGCUAGGAAUGGACUCCAUGGUGCAUGCAAUUACUAUCGGAACCAUCGCCAGAACUUUUUGGACGAUAGUUAUUUCACCCGGCAGGGGGACAGUGACGCUGCAGUUAUCAAAUGCCCCACUCUAUUCCUGUGUGCAACCGAGGAUAAGUUUAUCAGACCGGAGAUGACCGAGGGUAUCAAGAAGUCUAUUUCGAACCUGACCUUCAAAAAAAUCAAUGCCAGCCAUUGGAUCUUGUGGGAAAAGCCGGGAGUAGUUAACGGAGUACUCAGAGAAUGGUUUUGGCAGGAGGGCCUUGUUAGUAAUAGCAAGGGAGCUUGA